AUGGUGGUGGGUGUGCUCUCUCAAGCACACCCAACCCCGCCAAUUUCUCUCACCGUCGAUCAGUCCGGCAAAGGUGACUAUACUAAAAUACAAGAUGCUAUUGACGCCGUGCCGUCUAACAACUUCGCGCCUGUGUCGAUUUGGGUUCGACCUGGUGUCUACCGAGAAAAAGUUUAUGUGCCCGCAGACAAACCCUUUAUAACAAUGACUGGCACAAACGCAGAGCAGACCAUAGUAACAUGGAACCAAGCCGGAUGGAUAAAUCAAACCGCAGUCUUUGCUGUGUGGGCUUCUGAUUUUACAGGACGCCAACUCACAAUUCAGAAUACAUAUGGAACCGGUGACAAAACAGUGGCACUAAGAGUAUCAGGAGACAGAGCAGCAUUCUAUGGGUGCAAAAUUUUGUCCCAUCAAGAUGCCUUGUUUGACGAGAUUGGCAAGCACUACUACAAAGACUGCUACAUUCAAGGAGACGCUGAUUUUAUAUUUGGAAGUGCUGAUUCUUUAUAUGAGAAUUGUCACUUGCAUACACUUUCGGAUCAAAACGGAGCUAUAACGGCCCAACGACGAACUUCUCCUUCAGAGGAAUCUGGGUUCACCUUUUUGUGGUGCAACAUCACCGGCGUCAAAACGGCACUCCUGGGAAGGCCGUGGGGGCCAUAUGCCAGAGUCGUAUUUGCCUACACUCAAAUGUCAAAUGUGAUUCUGCCACAAGGUUGGGACAGUUGGGGGCUAUCACCCUACAACUUAAGUAACGUUUUCUAUGGGGAAUACAACUGUUUUGGACCGGGAGCCGUGACAACACAAAGAGUUAAUUGGGCACACAAGCUUACCAUCAGACAAUUUGUACACUUCAUGGCUCAGGCUAGUGCCCUUCGGCGUACAAUUAUUGGUAGCGACGGAGGAGGAGGGCAACGUGGAGCUUCCACUCCCAUUGGAGAAGAAGGAAACAAAGCCAAGGAGAAUGAGAGAAAUAGACAAGGUGCUCCAACUGCAGGGCUCACCAUUGAGUAG